GAGGAGGAAGGGGAGGAGGAAAAUAAUUUAAAAAAAAACUUGCUGGCACCGCCUGCCAUAUUCACAGCGGAUCUCAGCGAUUUAUCGCAUCGCCACAUCUAAUCCUAAACUGUCUCUAAGUGGCUCCGCCGGACAGGCUGUUUACAUUGAGGCUGCGGAGCUGCUCCUGACAGUGUUCACUUCACAGCAGAGGGAGUUGUCUCGCGGCUGAUGCUGGGGAGAUCAAUCCGUUAUUUCCCAUCUUAUCGUAUCCCAAUCUUCCCCUCUGCAGAUCUGAGUCGACGCCGGUGACAUAUCGGACGCGCGCUGGAUGGCUGGUGCAUUUAGCGAGCCGGCGUGAAUCUUUUUUUUCUUUUCUUUAAUCAUCAUCGUUCUCUUUUGAGCCUGAAAAAACAAAACAGCAACAGAAAAACAACAAUGACAGACCCGGCCAGCCAAGAGUCUUACCCUGUCCCGGACCCGACUAUUGUGGAUCCCUGCCCGGCAACGGCGCGGAACGGCCAGUGCGCCCCAGAUGGCUUCACCAACAACCAUCACCAGCAAGCCAAAUCCCCCAGCCAGCCCGAGACGUUCACCACGGGCCAUGAGAUGAAAAUCACAGACAGCGUGGAGGGAGAAGGUCUCCUCGAGAGCAGCAUGCGCCUGAAGCCCCACGAGGCCCAGAGCUACAGGAAGAAGGUACUCUGGGUCUCCUGGUUCUCCAUCGUGGUCACGCUCAUACUGGCGGUGGCAGCCUUCACUGUAUCAUUCAUGAGACACAGCUCGUCAUCCUUUGGAUUUGGCUUUGAUGCCACGUUGGACGUCCUGUCUUCUUUCAUCGUCCUCUGGCGCUACAGCAAUGCAGCAGCUGUGCACUCUGCACACAGAGAGUAUCUGGCGUGUGUGGUCCUUGGGGUUGUGUUCAUUCUCUCCUCCGUGUGCAUCGUUGGAAAGGCCAUCCAUGAUCUGGCAACCAGGGUGCCCCCGGAAGUGGACGACUUCCUCUACAGCGUUGCUAUAGUGAGCGGACUCACAUGUGCUGUGCUGGCUGUGGCCAAGUACAUGCUGGGAAGAGUGCUGACUAGCCGGGCACUCAUCACUGAUGGGUUUAACUCUCUGGUCGGUUCCAUCAUGGGAUUUUCCAUUCUGAUCAGCUCCGAAGUCUUCAAGCACCAUGCUGAUGUCUGGUUUCUGGAUGGCACAAUCGGAGUUCUCAUUGGACUCAUCAUUUUGGCAUAUGGCAUCAAACUCCUGAAGGACAUGGUGCCCCGUGUGAGACAGACGAGGAACUACGAACGCUUUGAGUGAGAGUGUGUGUUGAACGCACACACCCACACACUUGGCUGCCUCCUGGGCGGAGGGCCGCCCUCUUCUCUCUGUCUUUCAUAUACACUUUGAUGCACAUCUCACCUGCACAUGCAGCACAUACAGAAGCUACCCAUGUUCUCAUACACACAUAUUUACACACGCUGUGCACUGUACAUAGCGCAAUCACACAAUCGGACAUAACACACAUGCAUGCACGUACAAACACAGAUGUCGGAGAGACUUUGAGGGAAAAGGACGCGAAUGAAGAGCACAUCCUGGAGAGAAAACACUUGAAGUUAUUUUUUUUUUCUUUUCUGCUCUUCUUCACUUUUUGUUCAUGAAACCACCAGUUUAGAAAUAAAAAAACUAGAAUAAGGAAAAAGCCAGAGAGCUGAGUCUCCUGUCUUCAUGCAGGAGCUUUGGAUUUGUUCGACUAAAAUGGAGAUACAAUAGUUAUAUGACACCGUUUAUUCAUGUCAUGUUGGAAAUAAUGAGGAGCAAAAUCAUUUUUACUUAAAUGAGGCGUACACAAAAAACUUAGUGGGAUCCCCAUGGGAUUUUCGUGAGAAAACUUAUAAUGACCUCUUUACGGAUUUCUUAGUCUCCCUAUUGUCUCUUAAUUAAGAAUAUAUACUCCAAGAUGAGCUGAGUGCUCCUCACAAAUUUUAUUUAUUUUAAUUUUAUUCUAUUUCUAGUUAUUUUUAAGUACAGGCGAUGCUUUCCUAAAUCAGACAGAAAGUUCCUGUCAAAACUUCACCAGCCUGCUUUCUUUGAAGCGGCCGCUGUACAUCCAAAUUUGUCGCUGAGAGAGGAGGAGAGUGGACUUAGUCAGACAGAAUACGAGCAGCACCGAGUCAGCAAACACGGCUUUGUCCAAGAGGUGAAAAGCAUCAACGAAACACGGUGACAUCAGACUUCAUCUAGAAACCCGUCAACUAAAAGCAAACAGCAGUAAAGAGCACAGGAGACGCUAAGGACAAACAUUUGCCAUAGGAAGGCUAUAAACCUAAAGUGCACAAGUCGUACACAUUGCAUAGCCCACUGCACUGUGUGUAAUGUAUCCAAGCAUAGAUUAGCCGACUUUCCUUCAUCCGCCGGUGUUUGUUGCAGACAGUUUAGCACUGAGGGUUAUUAAUAACUAAGAAUUGAUUUGAGGGUAUUUGGUGCAUUUUGUCUUAACUGCUGUAUCUGACUUGUUUCAUCGCCAUAUAUUGUGCGUAUCUUUUGAUUUGUUUGCACACACAAACACCUGGGUCAGUAAAUUACUGAAAUCCAUUCAGCAGGUCUUCUAACAACUGAAGAACAGUAAUGAAAUCCAAGUUUUUCAGGGUAAGAUGGGACAACAUUUCUCAAUAUUUAUCUUGUAUUUUUUGUUGUAACACCUUGUCACUUUCAGAUGAUGAAAAGAUGUAAAAGCACAUAACUCUCCAGGAAAGUUUCUGGUACCCGAAUAUUUAUAAUUUUCUCUGUGGAAUUUUGUACUGAAUCCAGUUUUGAUAUUUAUUACUUUGUUAAUAUUAUUUUAUUCUUUUUUCCCCCUCGUGUUGACUGCAAAGUUCCUGUGGAAAGUUGGAUGAAAAAAGUUUAAAACCUAAGAAACAAAGCACAAUGACAAAGAUAAAGCAGCCAGUGGGAAAACCAUUUUCAUUGCAUAUCAUUUAUAGAGACGGGAAAUUUUUUUUCCAUCUGCUUACCUGCUAAUUACUCAUUCGUUCUGCAUGUUACCAUUGUUAUCAUCCAUCAGUGUGUGUAACGAGACGAAUGUAAAUACAAACCACACAGUCUGUAAAAAUGUUUAUUACACUGUUCGGGUCCAUUAGUAGCAAAAAGUCACAAAUAUAGUCGUAGUACUUUGUAUGGCCGACAUAACAGGCUUUUUUUGGAGUAGACAGCAUAUAGUUAAAGUGCAGGAUGAUCAAUGCUGCAUAUGGUUGAAAAAAAUGUUUACUCUAUAGCGCUUAUACUGUCAAUGUUGUUUUACUUAUUAUUGUAGAAUAUUGGUGAAAUGAUAAGUCUUACUGUAAAUGUUUGCACUGUAAGUGAAAAUCUCAGACUGGAUGUAGGUGGGAUCUGACAGCUGUCCAAGGCUCCGCUAUCACUUAUUAGGUGUCAAAAGAAGAACUGAUUGAAAAGCAAAUCAUUGUUUUACUUGUUGGAACUGGACAGCGACAAUUUACCCGGUGGCACAAAUCAGUGUUGUUUUACUGAACUUUAGUGGGUGUUACAAGCUUAGACAUGAAAUCAGCCAGAACAUUUUUAGAGAAACACUACAGCUUUGAACAAGAAUGGGGCGUGUGGAUUUAUUGAAAUAGAGAGAAAUACCUGCAUUGUCAUCCUCUUGGAGUAAACAAUUAAAUUAGAUUCAUAAAACUGAGUUAAAUUCAUGGAUUGAUUUUAUACAAAUGUAUUGAAAUGAAGGAAACUUAAAAUAAAUUUGACAUAAAUAAUUCAUAGGCAACAAAGACAAACAAAUAUUGAACGAGCAUGCUACCCAAAAAAAAUACUUUUUCACCAUCUAACAUGAGGUAAACUCAACAGACUGGCCUGUUUUUUUUCCUGUAAAUGUGCAUCCAGAGUGCCGGUGUGCCCCCUUGUGGCAGACGGCCACGUGACAAGAGAUGUAGUAUUCAGUGCACUGGAUCCAAGGGAGAGUCUAAAUUUAUCCCAGGCUGCGGACAGUAACAAAGCCUUGGACAGCAAUCCUGGAUGUGCCUACAUCCACUCUACUCUGUAAUUAUCAACUCUCAGUUGACAUACUCGACAAGGUGCAAAAUUCUUGAUUGUGUUCUUUAGUUUCAUUGUGUGAAGAAUAUAUAAACCGUAGGAAUCAGCUCACACUGCUAUGACUCACCAACAGCAUAAUGAUUUGUAAUGUUUCCCCUUUGAUGCAUAGAAGACAAUCUCUACAAUGACGUUUACUUGCAAAGCACAGUGUUUACAUGAUGACAACCACCACAUAAGGCACAGAACAAACUCAUCGUAACUCUUAGUAACAGUAUGCUUAAUAGGCUCUACUGCUCAUAUGAACUAUAAUGUGUUCUGAUGAACUGAUUACUAUUUUGAUCUUGGCAACAAGUCCUUUCUACCUCUCCUCUUUGCACUUAUUUUCAUGCAACUUUCUCUUGUGCACAUUCAUGCUACAUUAAAUUUAGGCCCAGUGCUGUGAUUGCGGCCCUGGCCCCCUUGCACACCUUAGUAAUGGGUGAUUUUUGAAGCUGCUGCACUCACUGUUGGGUCAGUGUAGCAGCUGAAGGAGAAAAAAAAAAAACUGUUCUGAUGACAUGUCCAGGGUCUCACCCGUUUUUUGUCCGAUCAGCAGCAGUGAGUUUCGGUUGUAUUUCAUUACAUCCAUUAUGUGAAUUUUGUUUUUUUCCCACUGCCAAAUGAAACGUUUGAACCCUCAUACUCACUACCACUAGUGGUUUGUAAAGAAAUCACCUCCGACCAUGCAUUUGCACAAACACGCAUUUAUUUGAAUCAUUGUUCCAUUGAAAUAGCUCAGAAACAUGUCCAAUUCUGCAUCUUGAUGAACUGUGCCAAACCGUCGAAAGCAUCCGUCCUCUCUUCUGACAUGUGUUUUUUCAUUCAAUUAUACUCUUGUAUGGAUAGAUAGAUGCAUUAGUAUCGCUUAAACUGUUCAUUUGACUUCAUUCCACAAAAUUCAGACAGCAAUACUAUCCACUUCUCUGUUGCUAGUCUGCUUUGCAUGGGCGUGUAAAAACCCUCACAGCUUCAGUGCAUUGCCCCACACACACACACACACACACACACACACACACACACGGAAAGAUGUAAUUGAAUUUCCAAUAAAUCUGACUGUAACAGAAUAUAUUAUUUGUCUGUUAGUACAGUAAUGACAUCAGUAAUAACAGAUGAUGUAAAAACUAUUUAUGUAAAGGAACUAUGAGGUAUCUCUUUGUCAAAAAGCAAAGUUUUAUUGACGAAUAAAGUUUUAUCCUGCUCAAUGUUGAGACAUGUUUUCUUUUUUUUUUUCUUUUUUCCAACCACACAAUUGUCAAGGGAAGUUGUCCUACCACUACGUAGAAUGGGAACGCAGAUAUCCUUGUGCCAUAGCAGUCAGUAUGUGAAUCAGUUUAUCAGGAACAAUCCAUAAGGUGUCCAAUCAUAUAAUUUCUGUCAACCUGAACCAUCAGCUCAGGUGGUUUUCUCUAAGGAAAAUUAAAGUAAAAAAUUAAAGAGGAUGAAAAAAAAUACACACUAUCUUAACAUGUUUCAAAAGUGUUCAAGCAACAAGAAUCAUUACUUUAAAUGAUGUAGACAUCAUUCAUAAAGUAUUCUUUGUGCACUAACGGUGCCCCUUAAAGGAAUAGUUUGAUAUCCUGUCUUUCUUCCAUGAAUAAUAGUCUAUGGAAACUAUAUGGAGAAGUAAAUAAUUUUUCUACUACCCAGAGUUUGAUGACCUCCCCCU